UGCCCGCGCACUAUCAACAUCUUCAAAGCUCAAGUACAGAAUUUUUGAACCUCUCGCUCGAGCGCUACGCGACCUACAGAAAAUCACCUAGCAUUCUCAUGUGGCCAGACAUCCUUGCAAUUGCAAUCUAGCGGACACUAAAUUCUUGCACGCCCACCUUGGAAACUCCCAGCAUCGCGCAUAUACAGUAUACGGCAUCAAUACCAUCAGAGACGGUCUGCAGCAUGGCCCACCUCACGGCCAGUCGGCUGCCGGCGCUGCGUAAACAGCACCUCCUCGUAGAGUUCGCGGGUCUCAAGCAAGCUUGUCCCGAGGGUGUCUUUGUGAGCCUCACACCAGACGAUCCCAGCAUGUGGUCGGGUGUUCUCUUUGUCCGUGACGGACCAUAUGCUCCUGCAGUGCUUCGUUUCCAGAUACUGUUCCCACUCUCGUACCCGAGGACACCACCUCUCAUCACCUUCACCACGGACAUGUUCCAUCCACUCAUCGCACCCCUCAGCACCCACAUGUACUCGGCAGACUUCCAGGAGAAUGGCACUAUGAGCGCUGCAGACCACGAGCGUCUGCCUCCUGGAGGGUUCAGCCUGAAACAAGGGUUUCCAGACUGGUUUCCCCGGAAGAGCAAGAGUCCCAAGCCUCGACCUGACCAGGCGCAAACUCCACCGCGACCACCGCCCAAGGACGGGCAGCCGACUCCCAGGUCGGUUUCUACUGCCUUCAGCAACGCUUCGGACUCUGCGAUCCCCACUGGCCGGAGUGUGUCGAUGUACGAGGUCCUUCGCUACAUGCGGACUGCAUUCGACGACGAGGCUGUGCUCGAUGCCGUCCAGCUGCCCAACUCGGGAAACCCUGGCGCGUGGCACGCGUGGCGGACGCAUCGUGUCGACAGCGGGCACGUGUACGCCGACGAGGAAGCUGCAGGGACUGCUGCGGGCGGGGAGAAGGACCUCAGCGCGGCUCCUCCCGCAGCUACGCCUUCCGAGUCAGCCAUGCGACAUGGCGACUGGAACUGGCAGGGAGUUUGGGAGGAGCGAGUCAAGAAGGGCAUCAACGCCAGCUUGACUGAGAGUGCACUAUACGGCGGAACUGGCGCUGGCGACGAUGUGAUACGUUUUCUGAACAUGGAGGAGAAUGACGUCGAGACAGCAAAGGAGAACAUACGUCGUACCCUGGGCCAAACCAUCUAAGAACGGAGGCCUUUUUGGCAUCUACGACUCCAAGCAAUUGAGUGCAUCCAGGCAGACGCGCUUGCCGCCAGCGACGAAAACACAAACCGGAUCAAUCACAGGUCCAUCCUGCUUUGCUACUCGCCACUUGGCAACGACCUCUGUUAUCUCUCUCAGGGGUAUCCUGAGGCGCGGACAAACUUACAUAUACGGGCAUCAGAGCACCCGCCACACUUUACUUACAGGCUUAUAACAUCACGACUCAACUUGAGCGGCAUUGGAU